UUUACGAUCGGAAACGAAAUCAACAACGUAACAUAAAAAUACUGAACUUUAUGUAGUACGUAAUAAAUAUUACCAAGGUAAUGUUAUGCUUAAAAUGUUUAUAAAUAAAAUGUUUUUUUAUAGUGCAAUAAUAGUUGCUGCAAUAAUAAAUCAUGUGUCAUGCAACGCAGAAGAAAGGAGUAAAGAAGCUUUAGCAAUAACAUUAGAUACUACCAUCGCUUUCUAUACUAUGUUUGAUAGAUGUAUAAAUUCAGCGAUGCCGUCUAUGAAAUUUGCGACGGAUGAUCUUAAAAGUUUCGUAAAUUAUCCAUCUAAAACUACUGUGGGAUUUGCACCAAAAUUCACUAGCAAUCGAAAGUUUUUUGCGAACAUGAUAAGUACGCCAGAAUUCAGGAAUACACUAGCAAGGGAUGAAGAAGAACUUAGACAGGAUUUGAUAAAGAAAAUGAAGUAUUGUGACGUUGUUGUCAUGGAUCAAGAUUUGUUGCCAGCCCUGUACGACCGGGAAGUAGACCAGUCCAAAAUGUAAAAAUCUAUAUUUUUCGAUUUGUGUUUUAUUCAUUCAUGGGAGUAUCAAAAUGUCAAUAGGGAGUAGCCGGACGGUUAAUAGAGUUGCGAACAGCAGUUGUUAUAACCGCAAGGAAAUAAAUCGAAAGCCCAUAGAUGGUGAACUGGUGGAGCAUAGAAUUAGAAUAUUUCUGUUGGUAGCAGUCAAGUCACAAAAGUCAAUAAAUUAGUUAUAGUAGGUAGCCCUAACCUAGAAUUUUCUAUUGUCGUUUUUGUUCCUAUGCAUAUAUAACACCUACCUACACUCUAAUUACAAUUUGUGGAUCGAAACGAACCUGCGACACAUUGGACUGUAGCAGGUUGCUCAGGCAUUGCGACAAACAUAAUGGUGGUUCUCACCCCAUUUACCUAGUAGGUACUUUUUUUCGUGUAUAGUUUUUAUUGAAUGUUAAGCGAUAAUUCAUUACACCACAUUCACAUAGGUGAAUCACAAAAAAUAAUUUGGAAUAAUUGAAGUAGCUAGUAUCUGAGUAGUUAUUUGUCAUUUUUAUCGAUUUUAAAAAGCUGAGGUACCUACCUCCAAGUAGGUACCUACCUACGUACUAUAUUCGGAUGAUUAUUAAUUAUGGUAUAUGGUCCAAAGUGAGUGAUUCAGUCCAAAUCAAUAUUAGUUCCAUCUGUCAAACCGACAAACACUUUUUUCCCAAGCUGUAAAUGUAAUCACUAACACAUUUUACUCCAAACAAAACGCUGAACGUCGAAAACCUACCUACCUGUCGAUGUCGAAUGCUUAUCAGCUGUCAAAAAAAGGAGACCGGGGUUUGCAAUCUGU